GUGCCCUAACCCCAACUUCUUUUCUACGCCUGGGGGAUUUUCACUCGCACCCCCAGGACAUCCUUUGCAGUACCUAUUUCAGCGUAGGGUGCAGAGAAGGCCUUUGUAAAAUCGCGAACUUUCAACAGAAAUCUGUGCAGCUGUGCCCCGGGGUGCCACGGGCCCCUGGAUACGCGAGAGGAGAGAGCUUGGAGUUUCACUAGUUAAUAGCGAUUUCCCACUGUUCAGGAAUCUUCUCAGAAAUACAGCUCCCAGCUAGAGUGAGGCCCAAGUACUGCCUUGGCCCAGGAUGGCAAGAGAAUCGAGGCAACGUGCAGCCCUGGACGCCCAGUCUACAGAGGACCAGACGGGGCUCCUGACCGUGAAGGUGGAGAAGGAGGAGGCCUCUGCCUUUGCGGAGGAGGCCCGUUUGUCCUGCAGCCCGGCACCAGGCCCAGAGCGCUCCCGCCAGCGCUUCCGGAGCUUCCGCUACCCAGAGGCUGCAGGGCCCCGCGAGGCGCUGAGCCGGCUCCAGGAGCUCUGCAGGCAAUGGCUGCGGCCCGAGAUGCACAGCAAGGAGCAGAUCCUGGAGCUGCUGGUGCUGGAGCAGUUCCUGACCAUCCUGCCCGGGGCGCUGCAGAGCUGGGUGCAGGAGCAGCAUCCAGAGAGCGGGGAGGAGGCGGUGGUUCUGUUGGAGUAUUUGGAGAGGCAGCUGGAUGAGCCAAGGCCGCAGGUCCCAGCUUUCGACCCUGGGCAAGAACUGCUCUGUUGCAAGACAGCACUGUUGACAAGAGCCUGGAGGUCACAAAUGAGCCAAUUCCAGCCCAUGAAGGCUCUGCUCAAGCAUGAAUCUCGGGGAUCCCAGCCCUUACAAGAUAGAGUUCUCCAGGUUCCUGGUCUUGCCGAGGGAGGAAGCUGCAGAGAAGACACAGUGGUAGCUGCCAGGCUCAUCCCAGAGUCCCAGGGUUUGCUGAAAGUGGAAGAUGUGGCCUUGACCGUCUCCCCUGGGUGGGCACAGCUGGACUCAUCUCAGGUGAAUCUCUACAGAGACAAGAGGCAGGAGAACUGUGGCAGCCUCAUCUCCCUGGGUGGUGAAAUACAAACUAAGAUCAGGGACUUGCCUCCUGAAGAUGAACAUCUAGUACGAGAGCCUGGGGAGAUCCCAUGCCACCUGGGUGAAGACGUUGCUCAGAUUACUUCAUGUGCAGAAGCUGGUGAACAGGAGGGCAGGUUACACAGAAAGCAGAAAAAUGCCACAGGAAGUAGGCGGCACUACUGCCAUGAAUGUGGAAAGAGUUUUGCUCAGAGUUCAGGCCUGAGUAAGCACAGGAGAAUCCACACUGGGGAGAAGCCCUAUGAAUGUGAAGACUGUGGCAAGACCUUCAUUGGGAGCUCUGCCCUUGUCAUUCAUCAGAGAGUCCACACUGGUGAGAAGCCAUAUGAGUGUGAAGAGUGCGGCAAGGUCUUCAGUCACAGUUCAAACCUUAUUAAACACCAGAGAACCCACACUGGGGAGAAACCCUAUGAGUGUGAUGACUGUGGGAAAACGUUCAGCCAGAGCUGCAGCCUCCUUGAACAUCACAAAAUCCAUACUGGGGAGAAGCCCUAUCAGUGCAACAUGUGUGGCAAAGCCUUUAGGCGGAAUUCACAUCUCCUGAGACAUCAGAGGAUCCACGGUGGGGAUAAAAAUGUUCAAGAUUCUGAACAUGGAGAGACCUGGGAAAGUCAGGGUAGAAUGGAAAACCAGUGGGAAAAUGUUGAGGCUUCCGUGUCUUAUAAAUGUAAUGAGUGUGACAGAAGUUUCACUCGGAAUAGAAGCCUUAUUGAACAUCAAAAAAUUCACACUGGUGAGAAACCCUAUCAGUGUGAUGCAUGUGGAAAAGGCUUCACCCGAACUUCAUACCUUGUUCAACAUCAGAGAAGCCACGUUGGGAAAAGAAUUCUAUCACAGUGACCCAUGUAGUACAUGCCAAAGGUGGUACUCAUUCCUCAUGGGACUGAAGCCACCGUGGAGCACCUCCUAACUAUAAAAACUGUUGAGGGGCCUUUGUUUACCACUAAACACCAUCAGGUGUAUAUAGAGUCUGGCUGAGACUAGGUAUCGUCCAGAUUCUAUAAGGUGACCUGAAAAACAACUUGUUUGAUAGGACCUUCUGGGAGAGUUGUGAGGAAGAGGUUGGACCUAAAAUGGUUUAUUCUUACCCAUCAAACUUAAAUGGGCUUCCAGUCUGGCUACUCGCCCUUAGCCAGCACUUUAUCACAUCUCCUGGGUGGACUGCUGUGAUUAUGGGGGCUGCUCCUUAGAACAUUCAUUUUGCCUGUAAUCAGUCUUUGAGUUGGUCAGAUUCCUGAGUUCAAUCCGCUGUGCCUUGUUCAUAGGUGCUAAUAAAUAUUUAUUAAGUGUACCAGUGAGAUUUCCUUCAUAGCUCUGAAAAUCUGAUGCUUGUUUAGAUUUCUGAGAAAUUUCUAAUCAAAGCCAUUUGUGUUUAUGUCUAACUCUGAAGGUCUAGAUUCUGGGUUAAUCUUAGCUGCAUUUGUUGCCACGUACAAAGGGUUGGCAGAGUUGGAGUGGGGAGUCCAUAUUUCUUCAUCACCAUAGUACUUACAGUAAAAAUGCCUUAAAUAGCUUCUUCAUCAUGAGCCCAUUGUUAGACAGAUCCAUCCAUGGAACUUUAUUCUUCAGUAAACAUUAAUUAUGUUAAUUCAUAUUAAUAUUGCUACUCUUUUGGAAGGAAGUUUUCACAUUCAGACAAAGUAAAAAUCAGUUUAUCAAGUCAGAUUAAAAUGAUUAAGAAUUUUGACAAACUUCUCUAAUGCUUGUUGGAGCUGUAAUGCUAAACAGCUUUUUUCUCACCACUUAUUUACCUUGGGUCUAACCAAGUACCAAGACAUCAUCCUUGUCCCUCUCCCCUCACCUUAUAGCUGACUGUGGAUCAAGGCUUAUGCCAGCUAAGCUCCAACUUCUCUAGCUCAUAAGGAUUCACACAAAAUAUUAAUAACAAGUAUCAUUCAUGCUUUCAAAACUUCCCUAUGAGUUGGGGAUAGAAAGAUAGGUUUAGAGGCAGCCGGUGAGGGUAGAACCCUGAGUGUGAGUGGUAGGCGAAAUAUAUCUGUUCAGAGGCACAUUGGAAAUCUUGAGUAUCUGAUCAAAGGAUUCCAUAAUAUCCAAAGUAUAAACAUGUGAAGACUCAAUGCUGUGAGUUAAUCACAGGAAAUAAUUUCAUAUCUCCUGUUUCCACCCAAAUAAUCUUUUACUGCAUCUUUCAAAGACUUGUAUCUACUUACUAGAUACCUGAGUGCAUAUCACCAGCUGCCAGCAUUGCCAGGCUGUGCCAUGAAUGGCUUCUAUUUCUGAUGAAAUUCCUAAUGGUGUUUUGUUCAGCCAUUACUGUAGUGUUCUUGCUUAUUCUCAAACACCCUGUCUGGAUUCCUGCGCUGCAUGUGGCACCACAGGCAGAUUAGGGACACUUUCUAAACCAUAGGGUUCUCUCAUUAUUAAUUCCCUACAAGCUUUCAUUGCCUUCAUCAUCCUCUUAACUUCAAGCUAAUUUAAACCUUUUGUGCUUUGAAAAAUUCUGUAUUUUCUCCACUCAAAUCUUUUCUAGCCUUUUUUUCCCUCUUAAAUUAACCUUUUGUUAUUUCCACAAGAGCUAGCCACUUCUCUUUUCCUUCCCUAGUCUUUAUUUUUCUUAAAUAGUUGCUAAUAUCUCUAAUUGUAAAUGCUCAGACUCAUUACAAACUAGUUACCCUGUUCAUUUUUCUAACUUGAAAUGUAUUUGAAAGCCUUUUACAAACCAGGAAGCAUUAUACACAUGUAUAAAUUACUGAGAUUAACAAGGGACCACUGUGUCUCCUGUCAUACUUCCACUCCUUCCAAACCAAAAAAAUCUCUGCAGAGGGGGGAGAUUUUGCAGAAAAAUACUUUUGAGUGCCUACUAUGCUAGACAAUGGAAGGGGCAAAAAUCUAUAUGUAUAUAUAUAUAUGAGAGUGUGUGUGUGUGUGUGUGUGUGUGUGUGUGUACAUACAUACUCGGGCUUGGUGUUUCAGUAUAAUAAAAUCGAUAAGACUUACACCCGACUAAGGCAAUGCAAUAAAAAAUACCUUGCAAGUGGUAAACUGAGGGCUAUAGAAGCUCAAAGAAGGGAAAGGUCACUUCCUGCUAAGGAGUGAUUAUGAUUACAUGGAUUGAAUUGUGUCCCCCAAAAAUGUGUGUUGUAAAUCGUAACCACUAGUGGAUGUAGUCCCAUUUGGGAAAAGGGUUUUCUUUAUUAUAUUAAUGAGACCAUAUCAGUGUAGGGUGUGUUUUAAAUCAAUCACCUUCAGGAUAUAAAAGGGGCAGAUUAGGCACAGAGAAGCAAGCAGAGAUGGGAGAACAUGAAUGCCACACGGAGAUUGCCAAG